UUAUUAUUGCCAAAUGGCAAUGCUAGGCAUGAUAACAUUAUUAUUUUUUGGAUAAUAGAUAUAGAACACACAAAUUAUGCGUUUCCAUGUUAGAUCAAUGUGAUGGUGUUCAUACACCGUUACCUACAGUAAAAAUUAUUAUUUCACAACUGUUAAUAAAUCAAUCAUGAACGUUUAGACUACAGUUUAGAUUUGUAUUGUCGUACACAAUAUUGUGAUUUAGUAAAUUUUACUUGAUGCAAAAUGAACCACACUACAAAGGGUGGGAAAAAUAAUAACGAUUACACAAAGUAUGUUUUCAAUAAUUCUUCAAAUGGUAACAAGACGUGUGUUUUUCAUCCGUCAGCGUUGGAUCAACCAUUGGAUGAUGUCCCUUGGAAAUUGGUCAACAUGUCAUUUAAAUUAUUAAAUGUUGACUCAAAAUUGGUGUUAACUUUACUCGCAAACCAUGGAUUUCGUGAGGUCAAUUCCGAUUCAAAUGACUUUAAUCUAUUAUGGUCAAAUAACCAUGUUAAUACAAAUGUCAUCAGUUCAUUGAGAUCUUAUCAACGUAUCAAUCACUUCCCUCGAUCAUGUGAAUUGACUCGUAAAGAUAAAUUGUACAAAAAUAUUGAAACUAUGAGCCAUCGCAAUGGAAUUAAAAAGUUCUCUUUUGUUCCUGAAACAUACAUUAUGCCUAAAGAUUACAAUAGAUUUAUUUCGAACCAGUAUCGACAUCGAGGUUUAUGGAUUGUAAAGCCUUUCGAUUUAUCUCGCGGAAGAGGAAUAACAAUUAUUGAUUAUUCAUUUAAGGACACUCAAUCGGCGCUGAAGGAAAAUGUCGUUGUUGCCAAGUAUAUUGACAAUCCACUGUUGGUGAAUGGAUAUAAGUGGGAUUUACGUCUGUACGUAUUAGUUACAUCAUUCAAUCCACUUGUUGUAUACUUGUACGAAGAAGGGUUAGUUAGAUUUGCAACUGUUAAAUAUGUAUGUGAUAGAAGUCGAAUCAAUAAUCGACGAAUGCAUCUCUGCAACUAUAGUGUCAACAAAAGCAGUCCAAGCUAUAUUAGGAAUUCGGAUCCCGAACGAGAAAAUGUAGGCCAUAAGUGGUCAAUGAGUGCUCUUUUGAACCAUCUUAGAGAAGAAUAUCUUAUAAAUACUGAAACUUUGAUGGCUGAAAUCGAAGACAUUGUAGUUAAAACAAUAAUGAGCGCUACUGCACAGAUGUUACCAGCAAUCAAUUGCUUUGUACCUCACAGUCAAAAUUGUUUUGAACUAUACGGGUUUGAUAUUUUGGUGGACGACAAGUUAAAACCAUGGCUGCUUGAAGUUAACUUAUCUCCUUCAUUAGGGAUAGAUUCGGCACUUGAUUCUCGUAUCAAGAGUUCAAUGCUAUGUGAUUUAUUUACUUUAAUUGGUAUCCCAAUCGUUGACCCUACUGUCUUCAAUUUUCACAAAAAUGUUCGAAGACCAAAAUCUGAUAUUCCAAGGAAAACAAAUGCUAAUAUAAAUAUUAAUAAUCUCAGUAGUGAUGAAAAACGGUUAUUGAAAAACACAAUGGAUCAAAAUCAAAGGAGUAGAGGGUUCAUACGGAUUUUCCCUACAAACCUAUCAUGGAAAAAAUAUUCUUCUUACUUAGAUAAUAUUAAUGGCAUUCCUAGGGGAUCUACUAUACCGCCAUUUUAUAUAAAACUAAUAAGGAAUUAUAAUUAUUUUUUAAAUGAUCAUUUAUUCAACGAAAAUUCCUCGUUUUAUAUGGAUAUUAACAGACAAGAUCGCUAUGAAAGAUCUUUAAAAGAUUUCAAACAUAACUUUAAUGACAAUAAAGAUGCAGACCAAACAACUGAUAUGUCGAAGUUAAAAAAAGCAAUUUUAAAAUAUUUAAACGAUGGAUAUGUAUUCAGUAAUCUACAGGCUCGGCAAACCUUUGCUCUAUACUUGACUUACAUCUCUGCUUUAUUAAAAAAAUGUGCUUUGGAGAAAAAUUAUGACAAUCCAUCAAGUAAUCUUGUUUUGAUGUUUUUAAUAAAAGCUUCAAAAAAUCUCAGUGUUCCUUUAAAAAUUGAGGUUUCUAAAUCUUCAUUGUCAAAUAAAAAAGCAAUGGAAAUACUUCAACUAUUGGAAAGCUUUUUAUUGAAAUACAACUAUGAUACUGUAAUGUAUACAACUCAGGAAACUACAAAAAAUUGCCUGCCACAUAAAUUAUUUAAUUUAUUUCUCAUGCAUGCAGGGAAAGAAGAUAUCGAAGAAAUUAUUAAUGAUUCGAAACAUAAUUGUUUGUCGUCUGCAAUACACCCGGUUAAUGACAUUAAAAAUACUAAAGCAUUAGAAUCAAAAGUUUGGAAAUAAUAAGUACAUUUUUCUUAUUUUUUCCCAAGGACGUAUUUGAGAGGGGACGAAGGGGGCAUUCGCCCGCUCAUCAAUCGUAUUUUUUUUCUAAAAAUACAUUAAUUAAUAAUUUAUUUAAAAAAUUUUCCGUUUGAUUUGUUUGUAUACAAGAAAAAUGUAUUUCGCCCCCUCCCCCUCCAUGGUCUCAACUCAAAUAUGUCCUUGCAUUUAUCCUUAAAUUUGCUUUAAAUGAUUAGUAAUAAUUUUUUUAGAUAUAAUAAUUUUAACAUAUUUUGAUAAAACUGGCAUUAUAAUCAUUAAAUUAUUUUUUUUGUCGUUAGCAUUGAUAAUAAAUUAUAAAUAGGUAGUGAAUUAGAGCCAUACCACUAGGUAUGCGUAAUGUGUUAUAGGCGUUAGAGCAGUCCCAGGUGGUACGCAUUAAGAACACGCUACACGCGCAUUUGUUGUCUCUUCGUUGUAAAAGUAUCUAACUCAGUUCUCCUUAGCUUCGUUAACUUUGUUAUUAGAGUGAAUUGACCUAUUAUAAGACUUAAUGGUAAUAACUGUAUCUGUGUUCGUAUGUAGGUUUUUUUUACGAUAUUUCGAUUCUUUAAAGAGUUUUGCGUAUUUAAAAAUGCUUAAAACUAACAAACAAAAUUAUCGUAAAAAGCCAAUGAAUGACUAGAUACACAUAAAGUUCUUACCAUUAUAUAUAGGUCGAAUAGGUCGAUUUAUUCUAAUAUUAAAGCUUAUCAAAACUAAACACGACUGCUGGCCGUAAACUUACAGUGUUCCGUACUUGUUAGACGAAGAAGCGAAGCGUAUUUUUCAAAUUUCAAUAGUUUAAAUCAAGUGGUUACACACGGCACUACGGAGCGAAUUCUCGCAUGGGCAUUUUAAAAUCGCAAACGAGCUAUGAUUGUAUGUACAUUAGCGUUAGUCAUGCCACGCCGUUUUCUCAUGCGAAAUAAUAAAUAAAUGUGCCUAUACGAGAGCAUUGAAAACAUGUCGUGUGAAUAUGUAGUAUAUUUUGUACAUUGGAAAUACAUAGUUUAAUUUUAGCGUUCGAACGUGACCCCUAACACGCCUGUUUAUUCCUUGUUUGGAUAUCGACAUCUAUUCUAAAUAUUCCAAGUAUACGCGUACUAUUUUGAGCGAUUAUUGUUCACGAUUUAGAACGUGUGUACUGUUUACCCAAACGCACUUUAAUCUAAAAAUAAAUAUAAUAAUUGUAUUUAAUGCUAUUUUCGUAUUUUAUUAAUAAGACUGGUAAAAUUAAAAUGAGCCAAUUUCAAAAUAAUAUUAUAAUGAAAAUAAUAAUUACUCUGAGCAGUCUGUUGUUGCCUAACGCAAACCAAAAAACCAUACAAAUAAUUUUACAUUUUUUCUUCCAUUCAGCUUAUUAUAGUUUGGCUAUUAGACGUGCUUAUUUAUUUUAUUGUUCUAAUUUUAAUUUUUGUGACAACAAUAGUGUUGAGUACACAAAAUUGUCCUUUUUUGUCAAUUUUAAAUAUUACAGGCUAAUAUGACUAAACUGUUGUUUAACUAUUGUCUACCACUAUUGUUUACUUCAGUAUAACAUGUAAUAUUUUUAAAAUGGUGAAACUAAAAUUUAAAAUUUAGUUUUAGAUUUUCAUAUCUAGUCUGCUAGUCACCAUAACUAUAUUAUCAUACUGUCUAUAUAUUUACACAGGUUUAUUUAUUAAUUUAGACAAACAGUGUAGUGUGUAGUCUCUACUGUCUAGUCUAUAUUAUGUAUAUAUAAAAUCUUCAUUUUGCAGGCAUAUUAAAAUAACCUUUCUUUUCUAAAAAUGUUUAAUGAAUACAGUUGGUAAUAUAUUAUGAGUAAAACUAAAACUAAAUUUUCAUUAUGUAGGUUCAUAAUAUAAUAUACUUAGUAAAACUUUAUUACUAUUAUAAUAAUUUGACAAUUAUGAGAUGCCAACAUUUUCAAUGUUCCUAAAAUACAAAUAUUCAAUUCUAUUUGUAUUUGCUACAUUACACCAAGUCACCAAACAAAUUUGCCAAAGAAUUUAAUCUAAUAAAUAAUUUUUGAUAAUUAUAAUAUUUUACU